GUUGUGGUUGGCUUCAGUCAGCACCUAAGGCAAGUACACAACGUUCGGAACACUGAGGAGAGGAUUCUCCUUUGUAAUUGGCAGUCGGGCCGUGUCAAUAUCAGGCAGGAGCGGUGUCCAGUGACAGGAUGCUCCACCCAUGUCAGCAGGCUGGACCGGCAUAUGUACUCCCAUACAGAGCUCAACAGAGCACAGAGGAGACGGGCUUUAGAGGAGGUGAAGAGACGUCUGACGAUGGAGAGGCUGGCGGCAUUGAGGGUGUCGAUCCCUGCCAACCCAUUGGCCACCGAUUUUGAUAUUGUGGAGACUGUGAGGCAAGAAGAAGAGGAGGAUAACUUUUUAGAUACUUUUGCAGAGGAAGAGGAGGAAGAGGGCUGCACUAAUGAUUACUACCACUGCCAAGCACCACUUUUGAGGCUGCAGAAAGCUGUGCAAGAGAGGGAUGAGGCCCUGACCAAGAAAAGUGAGACCAUCAUAUCCAUCAAAGAGGACAACCUGAAGCUGAUCUCUGAGCUGCAUAGAGGGAGGAAGAGGUACCAGCUACUGAAAAGGAAGAUGGGGAUUCUCAGGGUGAGUCCGGCAAAGGAGAGGUCGGCAAAGAGGUCCCUCAGCUUUCAUGCCGAGGCAGACACAGCCCAAGAGGAGCUGCAGCUGGACCAAGUGACAGGUUCAGGGGACCAGACAGAGGAGGCUACAACGUCCGGAUCUGGCAGCAUACUUAUCUUCCCGGGCUCUGCCAUUAGUAAGUACUGUUUCUUUAAAUAGUGGCAAGUGUUUGUGUUGGAAAGUUUUUUUUUUAAACAGCCUGACUGAUUCAUGUUGCCUCAUGAGAUUGUAAUUAUUGUCUAAAAUGUUAUGUUUCUUUGACAGGUGUGUUUCUUGAGGGAUUCAGGAAGACCUGUGAGGGCCCCAAUCCAAAUUAUAAACUAAGGGAAAAUUGUGCUGGAAAGAUCAAAAGGGUGACGCAAUUUUUGAACUACAUGGCGAAGGAUGAGACCUACCAGUCCAAUCUCCUUUUCCUCACUAACCAUGACAAAAUAAGGGGGUAAGCAGAGUUCUUUCUUUUUAGUCUCAUCAGCGUUCAUUAACUCUCUCGUUGUCCUAGGGUCAAAAUGACCCGCCACUGUGUUGAACCAACUUUAUUUAAUUUUUAUAUUUUUUGGAUCAUUUGUGAGAAGGAGGCAGUGAUACUUUCUUUAAAGUCUCACUGCCUCCUUCUCACAAAUGAUCCCAAAAAUAUUAAAAUAAAAUAAAGUUGGUUCAACACAGUGGCGGGUCAUUUUGACCCUAGGACAACGGGAGGGUUAACAAUGCAGUAAUUGAUUGUAUGAUGUGUGUGUGUGUGUGUGUGUGUGUGUGUAUGUUAUUUUUGAUGGGUUCAAUCCCUCCAAAAGACAAAGGCAAUCACCACAGUCAACCACUACACCUUGACUGUCGGCGCCUUUCUUAAAUAUGCCGAGGAGACCCCUCCACCUGCAUGCCGGCUGACGAAAAAUCAAUGGAAGGGGAUCAACCAGUUGAUGAAGGGGAUCAACAAGUCCAUGAAACGCCCAGUUUCCAUUCACCAGGUAAAGGUUAAAGAGAGCAAGGAAGCCAAGGUGGUUUCCAGAAAGACCCUGCUGGAGUGCCAGUCUCUUGCCAAGGCCAAUAUCCCAGAAGUGCUGAGUAAGUGUUUCUAAAUCUGUGAUGUCACUGUUAUUACACACUUAUAAACGUCAGACAUGUAUAGAGUGCAGUGUGAAGAUGCCUGUUAUUAUUUUCAUGUCCCCCACAGAAACCUUGGAAGAAACAAGGACACAGAAAAAUCAGUACCAGUUUUAUGGAUACCUGUGUGCCUAUUUUACCUCCUUAUACGGCCAUAAACCGGGCCUGUAUAAAAAUAUGUUGGUGAAGGAGGUGGAGGAGGCAAAAUGUGACCAGUCUGGGAUGUAUCUCAUCAGUGUAAGUCUUUAAACGUACACCUGAAUGUGUUUAUUUGUUUGUUUGGUUGGUUGGUUGUUUUUGGAAACAAUUGCAGUCGCCUUUGCGUCAUUUGUGUGUUUUUGUGUGUUUUUUUCUGUUCAAUUUCUAAUAGGUGGGGGAACACGAAACGAAUAGAGACCAUGGCAUGGUCCAGAUGUCGCUGACAAAGGAUGAGUACACUUGGUUUUCAGACUUCCUCAAAUUCAAGCACUGCCUCCCAGGGGGAAAGAAGUCCCAGCACUUCUUUUUCAAUUCUACAAGCACUCAGCUCAAGAACCUGCCUGCCUACCUGAGGGAGGUGUGGAAGGAGAUGGGUCUGCCUGAAACUCCUACCUUCACUGACCUGCGGACCUCCAUUGUCACUCAUGUAAAUCAGAUUAGAUAUGAAUAGAAGUAUUGUAAGAUCCUAUUCCACUGUUGUCUGAAAUAAUAUCAAUUUAAAAAAAAUAUUUGUGUGUGUGUGUGUGUCUUUUUUGCUUGUGUCUUACAGGUCAAAAACAUGCUCCCGAAGGCUGACAGGGAAAGGGUGGCCAACUUCAUGUGCCACGACAUCCAGACGGCAGACAAAUUUUAUGCCAUCAAUUUAAAUCCGGCCCAAGCCAGUGAAACCAGGGCACUCUUCCAGGCAGCACUAAAGGGAGAAGAUACCUCUGUCGCCGCAUAGAACCAGGCCUCCACCUCUUCAAAAAGAAAGCGGAAGGCGGGAGAGGAGGACUCCCUCUCCGAGGGGAGCACCACCCCCGAAAAGACCAAGGUGAUGUACCAGUAGUCUGGCACGUCCUCCAGGGACUCGGAGGAGGAAGAGGUCGAGGAUGAGGAACGGACGGCCAGACAACCUGUGGUAAGAUCAGCUAUUCCGACACCACACAUUACAUUACGAAAAUGUGCUUGUAUACCAUGUAACAGUCAAACGUGCAUUUUUAUAUAUAUAUAUAUAUAUGUUCUCUUUUGUGUUUGCUGUGCCUGCAGACACCCUCCAAGUUGUCCAUGCCUGAGCUGGAGCAGUACCAUACCCCGAGCAAGAAGCAGCUGAUCCGCAGGCGCCGCAUGGUGGUCGCCCUCACCUCCCCCAUUGUCACGAUGCAA